AUGGGUCCCUGUUUCCACUACUGUCAGACUGAUGGAGAAAAUUCACAUUUUGGCAUCAAUAUCUAUUCGAAUGCACGUCAAUAUUCACCAAAAAUAAAACUCGUUGUUGGACCUUUUACACAUUCAGCACCCGAAGAUAAUAGUCCAGGUCCUGGUUUCGACGGGAAAUCGGACAUGGUAUCAUGGUUUGAUUAUUGGCUAAAAGGUCAUGAUACAGGUAUUUUAGCUGAGCCUGAUUUGACAUUAUUUAUUCGAAAUGGUACAUCAGCAGGUGAAUAUCGUUAUUAUGAUCAUUGGCCGUUGAACAAAAUGAAAUCAAAACGUUUUUUUAUGAUGAAAAACAAAAAAUUAGAAGACACUACUUCAUCAUGGGUGAUGAGUAGUGAUAAAUUAGAAUAUAAACCUUGGAUUGGAUUUGAAGCUGGUUACUGGUGGGGUUCAAGUAUCGAUCUCGAUCAAAGUAAAUAUGAUCGGGAUUGUUUAGUAUAUGAAAGUGAUGUAUUGCAAUAUGCUAUUGAAAUUAUUGGAUAUGUUAAUGUAUCAUUACAAGUAAGUACAACAUCAAAAUUAGCACAUUGGAUGAUUCGUUUAGAAGAUGUUUACAAUCAAACAGCGAUAAUGGUUACAGGUGGGGCAUUAAAUGGUGCACAACGAAAUAAUCGGUCAAAUCCAGAAUAUUUUAUUCCAAAUCAAAUAUAUAAUUUAACAUUUCGAUUACACUUUACAACAUGGACAUUUUUACCUCAACAUCAAAUUCGUCUAUCAAUAUCAAAUGCCUAUUUUUUUACACAUUGGCCAACACCCGAGCCAAUGACAACAACAAUUUAUCAUAAUCCAAUAACAUAUAUUGAUUUACCAGUUAUAUCUCACUGUCAUUCAUCUGCUUCACCAAUCAUCCCAUUAUUCACUCAAAAAUCAGUUGACCCGAGUGAUGAAAUGUAUUUGAAUAAAUUAGUCUAUAAAAGCGAACCAAAAAUAUAUUAUAAAACAGACACGGAUUUCGAUACAACAAUAACAUAUGAAACAAACACACAUCAAACAAUCAACCAUAUUCAAAUACAAUCAAAUUUAUCAUUUAACUUUACAUGUUCACACAUAGAUCCAUCCAAUGUGACAUGGAUAACACAAGCAAAACAUUUUUAUCGAUUUUUAUCAACAAAUCGUACCUUAGAAUUAAUAACAAAUAUGAAUGUCUAUUCGGAUAACGCUUAUUUUUAUACAAAUUUAAAUCGAUUAUUAACCGAUAAUAGUCAGAUAAAACAACAACAAUUGAAUUAUCAAUUUUUUGGCAAACAGAAACGACAAUUUCAAUAA